GUUAAACCCUCUCUCUAUCACUUCCUCCCACUUCCUCCUAUCUAAGUCUUCUUCCAACAUGAAGUCAACAUAGUCUAUGACGUCACAUAUAUGGCCACUCUACUCUUAGAGUCGUUUACGUGAAACAGGCAAAUUUUUUUUUCAGGCUGGAAACAAAUCUUUUGACCGAUUUUUUUUUCUUCUCUCUCCACCGAUUUCACAUGACCCUUUAAAUUUGUCGAUACCUAGAGAAUUUUUAACCAUGUUGAUCACACUGAGAACGUUACAACAACAUAUGUUUAAAGUAGAGAUUGAUGUAAAUUCAACUGUAAAGCAAUUAAAGAAAAAAGUUGAAGAAGAUAAGGGUAAAGAUUAUCCUGCAGCUGCCCAAAAGCUGAUAUAUUCAGGGAAAAUUCUUGAAGAUGAGAAAAAAAUAGUUGACUAUGAUAUAGAAGAAAGUAAAUUUGUUGUUCUUAUGGUAACUAAAAGUAAGCCUCAGCUGGCCAAAGUAUCAGAGGGUUCAACAUCCCAGGGAGAAACUGCUAGUGCUGCCUCAUCAGAGAAGUCUGUACCUGCUACCACUCAGGGAGCAUCAGCCACCCCUACAUCAGACAGUGGCUCUUCUCAAAGUUCGAAAGGCUCACAAGGUAGUGAAGCAGACAAAUCUACUGCUGACGCUAACCCUGAAUCGCAAGCUACAGAAAUUACUUCAGACUCUGAUGAUAUAAGUACUCUGGCAACCGAGACAGCCACAGCCCUGGCUGCAGCCAUCGAUGAACCAUUAUCUGUCUUGCAAUCCGCAGAAAGUGCAUUGGUGACUGGUCAGGACUAUGAAAAUAUGGUGCUGGAAAUUAUGAAACUUGGUUUUGAUCGAGAGCAAGUUGAGCGAGCUUUAAGAGUCAAUUUCAACAACCCUGAUAGAGCUGUGGAGUAUUUGUAUAAUGGAGGUAGUGCUCAGGAUGUGGAGCCAGGAAUAAUGGAAGAGGCAUUAUCUGGCAGUGAAACUAAUGUAACCAGUUCCAGUACUCCUCUUCAGUCUGCUACAACACCAUCCUCUUCUGACAAUCCUUUGGAUUUUCUCCGAAACCAACUACAAUUUCAACAAAUGCGUCGUGUUAUCCAAAGAAACCCUCAUGUCUUACCUGCCAUAUUGCAACAGAUAGGUACAACAAAUCCUCCUCUUCUACAGGUGAGUGUACAUACAUCAGUCUUCCAUCAACUAAUAAAUAAGAAACUGAAAGAAACCGGUGGUGGUGGUGGUAGUAACACUGCUGGAGGCCAGGGUUUACAGAUUGGCCCUGGAGCAUUUAUUCAAGUUACCCCUCAGGAAAAAGAUGCAAUUGAAAGUUUGAAAGCUUUAGGAUUUCCUGAAGGAAUGUGUAUUCAAGCUUAUUUUGCCUGUGAGAAGAACGAAGAGCUGGCUGCUAAUUUUCUCUUGUCCCAAAAUUUUGAGGAAGACGAGCAACAAAGUUGAUCUAGAUGUUGAUAAUGGACAAUGACAAUUGCUGCCCUCUUCACAGAUUCCUACUGA